AUGGGGGAGUACGGAGUUGAGCCAGGCCAGCGCGUGGCCAUCAUCUGGGACAGCUCCUCUCCGGUUGAAGCCCUGAAGGAUUUGCUGGAUAAAAUUCAGGCACUGGUGGGAGCUGAUAAUCGUGUCGCUGUGGAAAACAUUAACCAGCUCUCCCAAUCGGCUCACAGGGAGUCCAGUUUCGAUGUAGUUCUCUCGGGCAUGGUUCCAGGCAGUACAGUGCAGCACAGCGCGGAGGUACUGGCAGAAAUAGCUCGGAUACUUAAGCCAGGAGGCCGUGUCCUCCUGAGAGAACCAGUGGUUACAGAAUCAG